GACCAGUCCAGCUGGGACGGUAGCGGAGGUGGCGGAGGUUCGUCCCCUCCCUCAGCUUUGGGAAAGGUGCACAUGUCGUCCAGGCCCCAGCCCGGAGGACAACGGGCCGCCCCGGGGAGGGGGGCCCCGGGGUGCUCACUCUCCAACUCGCCGAAAGCGGUUGUGACCGCGGUCCAUCGUGGCGACCGCGGCCUGAAUCAUCUCCUGAUCAGAUGGAAAAUAGCCUGUUAUUCCUUGGAGGCCAGUAGGAUUCAGCUGGAGCAUCUUCCUCAAGUAACAUUGGGGUACUGUUCAAGAAGCUGGAACAUUAUUAGCCAGUAAGAAUGUUCAUGUCAACUGUUUGGAUGAGAAUGGAAUGACUCCUUUAAUGCAUGCUGCAUAUAAAGGAAAACUUGAUAUGUGCAAAUUACUUUUGCGACAUGGAGCUGAUGUAAAUUGUCAUCAACAUGAACACGGAUACACAGCCCUCAUGUUUGCUGCACUUUCUGGUAAUAAAGACAUCACGUGGGCAAUGUUGGAAGCUGGUGCCGAGACAGAUGUUGUCAACUCGGUGGGAAGGACAGCAGCUCAGAUGGCAGCCUUUGUGGGUCAACAUGAUUGUGUAACUGUAAUCAACAAUUUCUUUCCUCGAGAGAGACUGGAUUAUUACACUAAACCCCAGGGACUGGAUAAAGAGCCGAAACUGCCCCCAAAGUUGGCAGGCCCACUGCACAAAGUUAUCACUACAACAAAUCUUCAUCCUGUCAAGAUCGUGAUGCUUAUAAAUGAGAACCCUCUGCUGGCAGAAGAAGCAGCUCUGAACAAGUGCUACAAGGUGAUGGAUUUGAUUUGUGAGAAAUGUAUGAAGCAAAGUGACAUGAAUGAAGUACUGGCUAUGAAAAUGCAUUACAUCAGCUGCAUCUUUCAAAAAUGUAUUAACUUCUUAAAAGAUGGAGAGAAUAAAUUGGAUACUCUGAUCAAAAGCUUAUUAAAAGGCCGACCUUCGGAUGGCUUUCCGAUAUAUCAAGAAAAGAUCAUUAGAGAAAGUAUCAGAAAAUUUCCUUACUGUGAAGCCACACUCCUCCAGCAGCUGGUGCGAAGCAUCGCUCCCGUUGAAAUUGGUUCUGAUCCCACUGCGUUCUCUGUACUUACUCAAGCCAUCACUGGUCAGGUGGGUUUUGUGGAUGUUGAAUUUUGUACCACCUGUGGAGAAAAGGGAGCGAGUAAAAGAUGCUCAGUAUGCAAAAUGGUAAUAUACUGUGACCAAACCUGCCAGAAAACACACUGGUUUGCACAUAAGAAAAUCUGUAAGAAUCUCAAGGACAUUUAUGAGAAACAGCAAUUGGAGGCUGCCAAAGAAAAGAGUGACGAGGAGAACACAGAUGGCAAACUCGAUGUCGAUUCGAAUGGUGUUAACGAAGAGCAGCCAGAGGCGGGACCGGCAGUGCCCCAGGAGGACAGCGAUGCUAAGGGUUCUGAGGAAGGGGAGAAGGCCUCUCUGCAGUGUGAUGCUGGCUUGGAGUGCUCCCAGGAGGCUACUGCAGGUCCACUGGCAUCUGAGGAGUAAAAGCCAGAGCACGUGCCAGCACGGACGGCCCUCACCCUGCAGGGGCAGGAGAACUCGUGGGAUUGUCCCCAUUGCCUGUGACAGCGCAAGGCACCGUGGCAGGAUUUCCUAGAAUAGAUGCUUGCCAGCAAAGCUGUGUUUACCAUGCCCUAAUUCCCCCUGAUUUCUGUUCUAUAAUUUGACAGAUAUUCCUAUGGGAAAAAAAUAAUUUUCAAAAUACAGGAGAAACAUUUCUACUUCCUUUUGGAGCUCAGCUUUCCAGCAGUUGUUCUCAAAGGGGAGAAAGUCCCCUUAAAGAAGAAAUAGAGGCUCCAGGAAACAAAGGGUGAAGUCAGACAGGUGUAGGAGAGAGGAGAUUUUUGAGAAAGAAAAAGUUAUAGCAACAAAGAUGGGUAGUUAAAAAAAUAACUUUUGUGUGAAUAAAAUGCAUAUAAAUAGCAUUUACAAUAGUGAAGUUCUAUGUAGUAGGAUAUAAGGAAUAAAGAAAGGCUGUGUGUUUAAAGAUCUCUGCCAGAGUCCAGCUAAUUAUAGUUUUCUAUAGAAUUAUCCUGAGCAGUCUGAACUGUAUGUACUUCCUGCAGUGGCGUCUUAUGUACAUACAGUGUCUGUACCUUCAGAAAUACCAGGUUCCCAGGAGGCACUAAGGCAUCGCCAGAGCUAUCUCAGCUUAUGUAGUAAAAGGUAUUUUUUACUAAAUAAUGACUAAACAUAGUUUCCACAAUUGUAAAACUAAUUCAUGUGCCAUAUUCCACUUGAAAGGUUGACUUUUAUCUUCCUGCUUUUCAUGUGGCCCUUCCUGUCCAGAAACUGAUUUAUAAUUGUCCUUUAUAAAAUGUUCCGGCAUCAGUUUUUAGAGUGCAGUAUUUAAACAUAGUUAAGAGUGUGAUGGCUAAAGACAGCGCCGUGUUACAUAGUUUCUUGUGUUAAUUGUAAAAUAAAUUGUGCCUAUUAAUAUAACCAACUCACAUCUUGUUUCAUAGUUUAUUGUUCAGGUGGCACAUAUUAGAAAACAGCAAAUAUUAGAAAACUUAGCAAAUAUUGGAGACCAAAGUAGUAAUUGCUUUUUGUUUGUUUGUUUUUAACUUAUUGAUUUGAGAGAAGAAAAAAAACAAACACAUCGAUUUGCUGUUCCACUUGUUUAUGCAUUCAUUGGUUGAUUCUUUUAUGUGCCUUGACCAGGAAUCAAACCAGCCACCUUGGCAUAUCAGGAUGUUGCUCUCACCAACUGAGCUACCUGGCCAGGGCCAAUAAUUGUUUUAAUAUGUACAAUUGCAAAUAAAACAACUAGAAUUCUCACUUCA